AUGGACUCCACUGUCACCUCUCUUCUUGGAUCUGCGGCCCUGGUGGCCGCUCACGGUAUCGUCAACAACGCUGUGAUCGGCGGCAAGAACUUUACAUUCUACCAGCCCUACCAGGACCCAUACAUGAAACCCGCCCCUGAACGCAUAUCUCGUGCUAUCCAGAGCAACGGUCCCGUUGAAGAUGUCACCAGCAUCGACAUUCAGUGCGGUGCUGCUACCGCCGGUGGCGGUACCAACCCCGCCAAGCUUGUUGCUAAGGCUGCUGCCGGCGAGGAGGUCACCCUUGACUGGACCAUCUGGCCUGACUCCCACAUCGGCCCUACCAUCACCUACAUGGCUAAGUGCGCCAACAACGACUGCACCACUUGGCAGCCUGGCAAAGAUGCAGCCUGGUUUAAAAUUCAGGAGCAGGGCCGCGAGGGCACCUCCAACAACUGGGGUGCGACCCCUCUUAUGAAGGCCGGCAACUCUGGUGUCAAGUACACCAUUCCCGAGUGCAUUGCCCCCGGUCAGUACCUCGUCCGUCACGAGAUCAUUGCCCUCCACGCCGCCUUCUCCUACCCCGGUGCUCAGUUCUACCCCAGCUGCCACCAGAUCGAGGUUACCGGUUCCGGCAGCAUCAACCCCUCUGACCUGGUUGCCUUUCCCGGUGCUUACAAGGGCACCGACGCUGGAAUCACCUACGACGCCUACAAGGCUCAGCCGUACACGAUUCCUGGCCCCAAGGUCUUCUCCUGCUCCGGCUCCGGCUCCGGCUCUGCCCCCGUCUCUUCUGCUGCUCCUGCACCCUCCGCCCCUGCUGCUACCACGGCGCCCGCCACCCCUAGCCAGACCGCCGUCGCCGACGACGAUGAAGACUGCCCCGCCACCACCACCGCCGCUGCCCCUGUUGCCACUUCUACCCAGCCUGCCAGCGAUGAGGAGGAUGACUGCCCCGCCGAGACCCCCUCCGCCACCAGCUCCGCGGUGGCCUCCGGCCCUACUGCGAAGGAGGUAGAUGCCGAGGAGGAUGACUGCCCUGCCGAGACUCCUGCCACUACUACUCAUGCUUCCCCCGUUGCCACUCCCACCAAGGCUGCCAACGACGAAGAGGAUGACUGCCCCGCCGAGACUCCCUCUGCCACCCCUACUCCCACUCAGUCUGCCAAUGACGAUGAGGACGACUGUCCUGCCGAGUCCACUGCUCCUGUCGUCGCCACUCCCACCAAGGCUGCCAACGACGACGAGGAUGACUGCCCUGCCGAGACUCCCUCUGCCACCCCUACUCCCACUCAGUCUGCCAAUGACGAUGAGGACGACUGCCCUGCCGAGUCCACUGCUCCUGUCGUUGCCGCUCCCACCGCGGCCGCCGGCGACGACGAGGACGAUUGCCCCGCGGAGACUCCCUCUGCCACUCCCCGUGUCAAGCGCAUGACCAUCCACGAACGUCGCCUCGUAUAAAUCCCAACAUUCCGCCGAUUACUCUCGGUGCUUUGUCUCUUAUAGACGUUGGCCCAUAUUAUAUGGCUCGAGGGAGUGAAAUGUUAGUGGGCUCGCAGUGGAUGUUCACAAUUGUGGCGCCAGCGGUUCUGAUCCGACCUUGGAUCGUUCUGUUUCAUGUACAAAUUCUUUCCUGU